AUGAAAAGGUAAAUUAAUUCGGCUCUUAAAUCUCGUCAAUCUCCUCAAUCAAUCACGAGAUUGAAGAGUGCCGUGUAAUUCAAAUUUUAAAGCGAAACUCCUCAUUCCAGAAUCUCCAUUGUUCCCAUGGAACGAAUAUAAACUGGCACCACCAUGCAUACAUAAUACAAAACCAACUUUUCCACCAGAGAAGAUGAAGUGAUUAAGACUUAAGUUUCAGAAACUAAUUUGAGUAAAGUAACCAAUCUCAGAAUCAGAAUCGAUCCCAAAAGUGAAACCGAUGUCAAGAUGUAAAAUUAUUUUUACAAUAAUUAGCCUAUCAAAGUACCAAGCAAUAUAAAUAUGUAUGAAAUUCGUUUAUUUAUAGCGUUUCCAAGAGUUCACAGAAGUUGAUUGUCACUUCCGAUAAUUUAUAAACUACAGAAGUUAAAAGAAAAAUGAAAUACGAUCCUGCUAUUAGACAAUAAGUGUUCAUGCUCAAAAUUAAAGGCAUUAAGAAUCCUUUGCUCCAAAAGUUCCUUCGAUUUUUAUUGAGUAAGGAGAAAUAAUUUAUUGAUCUCAUUAAAUUCAAGUAGAACCAAUAAACUAUAGAUUUGGUAUAAGAUCUCAUAGAAAUGGCUAUUGGAACUUAAAUUAGUUUGGUCGUGGUCGAUGUUUUGUUGUUCUGUUCUCAGGCUUUAGAGAACUGCGGUUUAAUUGAAUUGUCAAUUCAUUUGUACAAUUAAACUAGGUUAUUAUGCAAUCACUCAAAAUAGCAAUAUGAUAUUCAAAAAAUGAAGGCUUUUAUUGGCCUAUCGAAUUGUGCUGUUACGUAUGAAUCCUAUGAAAUUGCUGUUAAAUUCUUAAAGAAAUGCUUACAAUAUGCUUGGCUAAACAAUAAUUUGGAGAUUGAGAAUUUGGUUUAUUAAAAAAUGGGAAUUUGUUACUUUUAUAUGGGAAAUAUAGAAAAAGUAUUUACAAUAUCCAAUUAACAUAGGCCUCCUUUUAUCAUGAGAGGAGCAUUACUUACGAUUUUGAAAUUGAAGAUUCUCCAUUAAGAAAAUUAAGCUGUGAUACUCUGAAAAUAUAUUUAAAUAAACAUUUUUCUAGAAAUUAUGCUGAAACUGUUAAUAAUGCUUUGUUGAGUAAAAUGAACUUUCAGAUACCCAUUGACAUUAAGCAAUGUCAGGAAAUCUUAAUAAAUUUAAUUGACCUCUCUUAAUCACCUAGAGUCCAUUUGAGUUCUGAAGGGUCAAGAAAAAUGUCAAUCUCUAUGGAAAACUCUGAAUUAUCAUGUCUCAAAAUAAAUGGAAUGAGGUUACUUAAAGAUAUAUUAUCAUAAUAAGAAUUCGAUUUUUAGGUUUAUACUCCUAAGCAUUCAUGUAAUAUUUUAUUAUAAAUUAUAGUUAGGACUGAAAGCAAAUGCUUUGAUUAUUUAAAUAAUAAGAAAAUUCAUCCUAAAGACAUUUAUCAUGAUAGUAAGUAUAAAACUAAUCCCUUUGUUAUUGAUGACCUUGGAAUUAUUAAAAGUAAAAAAUCAAGUCAAGCUGAAAAUAUGAGUAAAUACAAACUACCAUUAGAUUAAUAGAUUGAGAUCAGAUUAUAAUAGAAGUUUGAAUUAAACUUAGAAGAAAGAAUACAACAUUUUGUUGGUUGUAGUAAUUAAAAACUAGAAUAGAAAAAUAAAAUAUUGGUAUUUUGGCUAUUAAACUAUUUAGUUAACGCAUAAAAACUAAGAAAAUAGUAAAAGGAACAAACAGAUGGACGAAUUAAAGAAAUUUAAUGCCGUCGCUUUACUAUACUAAAAUUUAAUCAGUAAAUUAAUUGGUUGA